AUGGCGGCGGAGGCUCAGGGUCAAAUCCACGAGGAUGCGGCGAUCAACAGCGACACGAUCCAGGAGGAGGUCUCGACUCUGCUGAGAGGGAAAUUUGCGCAGGAAACAUGGAGCACACGCAAGGUCGAUGGCUGGGUGGACGACGUUGUGGAGGGCGUCCUAAAGAACCUUGCGGACCUGAAGAAGCCAUUUAAGUACAUUGUUAACUGUGUAGUGAUGCAGCGAACUGGUGCUGGCAUCUCCACAGGGUUUAUUAGUCUCUGGGACAACACCCUCGAUGGGGUCGUUCAUGUGCCAUACGAAAACGAAACGCUGCACUGCUUUGUCACCGUUUUUUUUCUGAAAUUGGACUAA